GGCGCUUGCGACUGCUGGGAACCAUUGAUAGGAAUCAAUUUUUUAGAAAAGAAAGGAGUAUAGAAGGUUGAGUGCUGGACACGGAAACGCAUAGACCUUACCUACUGUGUACAGUUCUCGACAUGAGCACCUUCGCUGACCCCAUCGACCGCAUCGUCGCCGGCAACCGCGUCUACGCCCAGACCACGGCCGAGCGAGAUCCGAAUGCCUUCGAGGAGCUUAGCAAAGGCCAGGCGCCCGAGAUCCUGUGGAUAGGCUGCGCCGACAGCCGCAUCCCCGAGACGACCGUCUGCCACUGCAAGCCCGGCGAGCUGUUCGUGCACCGCAACAUCGCGAACUGCGUCCACGCCGACGACAUCAAUGCCGCGUCCGUGGUCGAGUAUGCCGUCGCGCACCUGAAGUGCGGCGGCGCCAACGCAGCGCUCAGCGACGCCGAUCUGGGGACCACGCUGAACACUUGGCUGCACCCCGUGCGAGAGCUGCGCCGAAAGCACAGGGCCGAGCUGGAGAAGCUGCCCAACGACGAUGCGCGCGCCGUCCGCGUCGCAGAGCUCAACGUCCACCAGUCCAUCGACGUGCUCAAGCAGCAUCCCGCCGUCAAGCGCGCCGUCGCCGAGCGCGGCCUCUCGCUUCACGGCAUGAUCUACGACAUCGGCGCCGGUCAGUUGAGGCUGCUCGAGGAAGCGGGUGGGAAGAAGGGCAACGGGCUGUGGAGUCCCGCCAACAAGUAGAGAGCGCUCGAGCAGGGUCAAGACAUAGAAUGGAGGGGUCGUUAUUUGGAUACUGUCGGUUUAGCGCAGGUGUUGGCUGGAGUCCAUGAGGUGACUGCCCGCCGCUUGACUCACACAGGCGGACGGCCGCGGCUUUAGAAUUUGCGAUGCAUCACGAGUCGACGCGGAACACGAGCGCCC